AUGACGUCAGUUCUUAUAAGUGCUAUCAAGCGGCUUCACAUUUCUAUUACACCUCCACUUAGACUAUAUUCUUCAAAUGUCACUGUUACGCCUGCGAAUACAAAUUUAACUAUUACCAGGAAAGAAUGGGCUUUCCAACCUCAGUACACUAAACCCCGUGAAGUAUGGAUUGAGAAUUUAGACACCGUAGAGGAACAGAAACUUGGGCUAUUCGAACUACAUCCAUCGGUUUACGCAGCAUCUCCCCGCAUUGACAUCAUGCAUCAAAACGUGAUUUGGCAACGGAAAGUAAGAUGGGUCUCAUGGGCUCACACAAAGACUAGAGCUGAAGUGCGAGGUGGAGGUAGAAAGCCGUGGCCACAGAAAGGUUUGGGCCGUGCUCGCCAUGGAUCAAUUCGAUCUCCACUAUUCCGUGGCGGUGGCGUAGUCCACGGCCCACGUUCGGGAAAGUCGCACUUCUUUAUGUUACCUUUCUACACAAGAAUACUUGGUCUUACAACUACUAUAUCUGCUAAACUAGCUCAAGACGAUCUACAUGUUGUCAAAGAUCUAGAACUUCCCACUGAUGAGCCAGGUUAUCUUGAAGAGCUUAUUGAGAAAAGAAAUUGGGGCCCUUCGGUGCUAAUUGUUGAUGAUACCGACUAUGCUCCAAGAAACAUAACUGCAGCAUUGGACAACCUACCGCAUGUUAACAUAAUGCCAGUCUAUGGACUAAACGUAUACUCCAUGUUGAAACAUGACACCCUUGUAUUAACUAUAGCAGCUGCUGAGAAAAUAGAAGAAAGGAUAUUGCGUCUCCUUCAUUCAGACACGAGACAACAACAGAGGGCAUUCCAACUGGACCAAGUAUAA